AGUUCAGUUGCGCUUUGGCUAGCGCUUUGUGUAGACGUGGAGUGUAGAAUUUCGCAUUAAAUACGCCAAAUAUUUACGUACAAUUAGUAAAAUACACGUGAAAAUGUCGGUAAACGUGUCCACAACUAAGAAGCAACCACCCAGGCAGCUCUGAAGACGUGGAUUAUUCUGAAAACGAUGCGCGCGUAGCGGCAACACCGCCCGAAAAGUGCUAACUGAAAGCUCCUGCUCCCAAGCUAAAUCUACGAGCUUUUAGUAGUGUUCAAGAUGGCGCACAGGGGUAAAAAGCUCACUCCUCCUGGAGAUCGACAAAGCUACAUUUCGCGAAUGAGAGAAAGAAAACAAAAGAAACUAUAUUCCGAAGACUGGGCCGUAGGCGAAGAAGAAAUAGAAGGUCUUCGGACCUUCAAUCUACAGGAAAAACUCGAAGACCCUGCUUUCGCGUCACACAAUAUUGUCAAAGAAAUGCACGGCAGCGAAUUAAACGUCGCAUAUUUCCAAAGACAUGGCUUCAGUACGCCAUUACUCUUCAAAGAAAAGACUGGAUUGGGUCUACGAGUCCCAACAUCAAAUUUUACAAUAAACGACGUACGGAUGUGCGUGGGUUCUCGGCGAGUGUUAGACGUUAUGGAUGUGAAUACGCAAAAAAAUAGUGAGAUGACGAUGAAAGAAUGGCAAAAAUAUUACGAAGAACCCGAAAAAGACAAGCUUUUAAAUGUGAUAUCUUUAGAAUUUUCCCACACUAAGUUAGAAAAUUAUGUACAAAGUCCAACAGUAGUCAGACAAAUAGACUGGGUAGACUGCGUAUGGCCUAGGCAUUUGAAAGAAAGCCAAGUAGAAGCUACAAACGUAUUAGAAGAAAUGAAAUAUCCUAAAGUUCAAAAAUACUGCCUUAUGUCUGUAAAAGGCUGUUACACAGAUUUCCACGUAGACUUCGGAGGGACAUCCGUAUGGUAUCAUAUUCUAAAAGGUGGAAAAGUUUUUUGGUUAAUUCCCCCAACAGAACACAAUCUCGGACUAUACGAACGUUGGGUUCUCUCGGGUAAACAAUCAGACAUUUUCUUCGGCGAUACAGUGGAAAAAUGCGCCAGGAUAGUUCUGCACGAAGGAAACACCUUCUUCAUUCCCACGGGAUGGAUACACGCCGUCUACACUCCGAUGGAUUCGCUAGUUUUCGGCGGGAAUUUCUUACAUUCGUACGGAAUUGACCAACAGUUGAAAAUAGCUCAAGUUGAAGAUACAACGAAGGUCCCCCAAAAAUUUCGCUAUCCGUUUUUCACAGAAAUGUUGUGGUACGUAUUGGAACGGUACGUACACUGCUUAUUAGGAAAUUCGCAUUUAACUACCGGCCAAGAUGCUCCUAUACCGCCAGAUAGGCCUCAUAUACAUCUCACGCAGGCGGAACUUCAUGGUUUAAAGGAAAUAGUUUUAUACCUUCAUAUGUUACCAUCACAUAAGAAAAACGUUCCAGAUCUCUUAAAAGAUCCCAUAUCAUUAAUACAGGAUGUCAGAACACUGAUUGGGCUUCACAGACAGGAUAACAGGGACCUGGCAGUUACUGAUCGGCCCAUUCUUGCAGUUCCUGACGAUGAAAAAGGAAAGAUUCCAAGUCCAAGGGGUCCGUAUAAUAAAGGAAGCAUGCAAAAACCUCCUAGACCUCCCUUUAAAGGACCUAAAGUUGCUGGAGAAAAAGGUGGACCUCGAAGGCGACGAACAAGAUGUAAGAAGUGCGAAGCGUGUCAACGUAGCGAUUGUGGUGAGUGUAGUUUCUGCUUGGAUAUGGUGAAAUUCGGAGGACCGGGAAGAGCGAAACAGACUUGCAACAUGAGGCAAUGCUUGCAACCAAUGCUGCCAGUAACAGCUGCUUGUUCGCAUUGCGGAUUGGACGGAUGGAUGCAGACGCCUGUGACGCCGCUACAAAAAGGACCACAACGGUGCGAAAGUGCCAGCAAUCUCAUGGAAUGUUCGGUUUGUUACGAGAUAGCCCAUCCUCAGUGCGUCCAGCGACUAUGCACCGAAUUUACUGGAUUCAUAAACGAAGACAUGCCAAAUUCCUGGGAAUGUCCUAUGUGCUGCAAACUCGGAAAAAACACAGACUACCGACCAAGACAUUUCCGCGCGCGACAGAAAUCUUCAGAUAUUCGCAGAAUGUCGAUCAGUUCAGACGCCUCUAGUGCUAUAGACAAUAAAACCAACCAAGAACAAAUGUCGGAUUCAGGGAGCGAUACAGAACAUAAAGAUAUUAAAGAAUUGUUACCAAUUAAGAAGAGAAGAUCUAGUGAAGGUGCGGAAAUAGAAACUAAAAAUUUGUCACCCGGCGAUCCUCCUCGAAAAACCGCGUUUAGAAUGCAGCUAGCCCACCAAAUAGUCAAUAACUCUACGAAAGUGUUGAAGAAGCCUAUGGUAGUAGUUAGACCCGCGUCUAUAGUGUCCACACCAGUAUCUACAACCAAUCUAGCCAUGGACAAGCGUUGUAUGCUUCUAGUCUUCAGAUAUAUGUCGCCCAAAGAAUUGCUUACUUGCGCUUUAGUGUGCAAAACAUGGGCAACAUUUACAGUAGCUCCAUGUCUGUGGAGAAAAAUGUCUUUCAAUCGAAAACACAUAUCGUCGGACAUUUUAAAAGGUAUUGUAAGGCGACAACCGGAGUGUCUUUGCCUUGACUGGUGCCAUAUUAAUAAAUUUCAACUACCUUGGUUAAUCCAACGCCUGGGUCAACUUAAAGAGCUGUCCCUUGUUAGUAUAAACGUCAAAACAGCUAUAUCGUUGAAGUCGAACCAUUCCGCCGUGUUAGUAGCAUUAGACAUUAGUUUUAUUUCAGAUUUUAAUGACUCUGCUUUAAGGGAUAUCAUAGGACCUAAUAGCGAUUCGCGGACUAGUCUCCCUUCAGAAAAAAUUCGUUUCCGAAAUCUAAAAGACUUGAAAUUAGCAGGUACCGAUAUUACCGACAUAGCGAUGCGAUAUGUCACUCAGUACUUACCGAAACUCCAACACCUUAGCUUAGGUAUGUGUCCUCGGAUCUCCGACGCGGGAAUAGCCCAACUGAGCACGAAACCCGCCAACACAGUCACCAAUCUCGUUAGUUUAGAUUUGAGCCAUUCCAAAUUAGUGACCGAAACGAGCCUAGAGCACCUCUCUAAAUGUGAAAACCUCGUUAGAUUAGAUUGUAGACACUCGCUGCAGAUUUCUACACAAGCGCUCAUCAAAUUUGCGGCUAAAAGUGACAAGAAUCUGCAAGUUAGGGAGAUUAAGUUGGUAGAUGUGCGACAGAAGUAAGUUCUGUAUAGAAACUUUUGCGAUGUUUGUUUUGAGUAGCUGUACGGUAUAUUUUUUGCCUGAUUAAUAAAUAUUUUUUGCAUUUGUAAGAUCUCAAAUGUGUUUGUUUCUCUUAGUAAAGCAAAGUGUUUAAAAUAGCCUGUUUAAAAAGUUGCAUUCGAAAAUCAGUAGUUGAAGACUACUUCGGAAAGUAUACAGUGUGUCCACGGAUUGGGUGCCCAAGAGGAAAAACUUUUUUAUUUUCAAUUUUAUCGAAAAAUGUGAUUAUUGAUAAAAAGUUUUGCUUGUUCUAAAAUUCCAUAAAACGAAAUAAAAUUCAAGUUUUUCAAAACCUGCUUAAUUUUGUAGCCGAUUUUAUGUAUCCCUAUAAAUUUUUGCACGUUCGAAAUCGUAACAAUAUAGACCAAUCUGUAAAAAACGUGUAUUUUUGGAUGUGAGAGGUGGCAUUCGGAUUUUUGCAGAUAAAGUUAGGUGACACCUUCAGUAAUAAUAAUUGACUUAUGCUCCUUCUCAAAUAUGCCCGGAACAUUAAUAAAAAAAUUAAAAUAUUUAAAAAUUUCGAAAAACAUCGAUUUUUUUCUGCUUUCUUUGCUUAUAACUUUAAAACGUCCUUUUGGAACAAAGUGGUAGAGAAAUAAAAUAAAGAUAAUUGAAUUUUGUAUGAUAUACGACUGGUCAAAAAUGUCUUAAGGUAUUACCUUUUCUGCAAUAUAGCAAUAAAUACAAAAUAAGGGGCAAAAUACGCUUGUUCUUAUUCAAUGUUUCUUAACCACUUUGGUGGCACUUAGAACCUUAGUAAUUCGCUUAGAAAAUUCUUAUAACUUAAUUAAAUGGUCUACCAAAUUUCAUUAAAAUCGACCUAAUAUAUUUUGCAUAAUAAAUUUGCAAUGUAAAUGUUUUUAAAAAAGUUCAAAUUUUUUAAAAUCAUUCUGAACAAAAAGUAGACUAUUUAGAAGUUGGCUAAUUUUUUUACAUAUAAAGAGGUGCUCUACCUAUCUAAUACACUUUACAGAAUUAAAAUCGGAUUAUUUAAGGGGCCUCAGCAAUGUUUUAAAAUUAUAAACAAUUUUUUGGCUCAUAAACAAAUAGCUUGGUUUAAUAAUAAAAAAAUCAAUUUUUAGCAAUGCAAAUAAUUAAAACCGGUAUAAUUUGACUUAAACUUUCAAAUGCUGUCAGCAGAAUUGCUAUUUUAUUUUUUAAUCAAAAUUUAUUCUCGUUCAAAAAUUGCAAUUUUUCGAUUUUUUGAAUGUUCCACCGCGUUUAUCUCGAAAACUCUGCAUCCUACGAAAAAACUUGUAAGAACUUUUUUGCUUAGAAUUGCCCAAGAAAUACAAAAAAAUGUUUUAUUUUGUGAAAAAUCGAUGUUAUGCAAUUCCUGAAGUUCUUUGUUUAUAACCAUCUUAUCGACAUCCGGAUCAACUGUUGCCCAAAAAAUUCGUGUUCUACGGGUCAAAAUACAUAAAAAACUUGGGUAAGUCCAUCUAAAUAAAGGAGCCCGUAGCACCCCCUCCUGGACACAGCACUAAUUUGUUUAUAAGCCAAAAAAUUGUUUAUAACUUUAAAACAUUGCUGAGGCUGCUUAAAUAAUCCGAUUUCAAUUCUGUAAAGUGCAUUAGAUAGGUGGAAUGCUUCUUUAUGUGUAAAAAAAUUGACAAAUCUUUUUAUGUUCUAGUUUUUGUUGUGCAAGAUUAGAUUGCAAAAUUAUUAUGCAAAAUCUAGUAAGUCAAUUUUAAUGAAAUUUGGUGGACGGUUUUAGCACAUUACAAAAAUUUUCUAAGCGAAUUAGGAAGGUUCCAAGUGUAACCUAAGUGAUGGAAAAUCAUUGAAUAAGGACAGGCUUGUUUUGCCCCCUUAUUUUAUAUUUAUUGCUAUUUUGCAGCAACGGUGUUAAAUUAAGACAUUUUUAACCAAUCGUAUCUGAUAGAAAAUUUUAUUAUCUUUGUUUUAUUCCUAUACGACUUUGUUCCAAAAUUAAUCGUUUUAAAGUUAUAAGCAAAGAAAGUAGAAAAAAAAAAGAAAUUUUUUGAAAUUUUUAAAUAUUUUAUUUUUUUUUAUUAAUGUUCCGGGCAUAUUUGAGAAGGAGCAUAAGUCAAUUAUUAUUAACGAAGUUAUCACCUAACUUCAUCCGCAAUAAUCCGAAUGCCACCUCUCACAUCCACCUAAAAACAGAUCCUUCCUGGUCUAAUAAUCUAGUGUUGCUAAUCUACAAUGUAGUUUAGUAACUGUCAACUCCGAUAAAUAAUUUGCGAAUUGUCAUUUUAUUCGACAAUGUCAAGCGUCAAUGAAUUUAUCUUGGGAACUAUCAUUCUUGAAAAAUAUUUUGCUUGUUCUAAAACCCCACAAAAAGAAAACAGUAAAUUUUAAUGUCAAUACAAAAACAAUAAUAAAGAAUAACAGGAAAACUAGCAGUAAAUAAAAAAACAACUAUUCGACGUAACCACCACCAACUUCAAAACAUCUCUCCAUCCUAUUUUAAAUUAUUUAAAAGCGUUUAUUAGCAUGUCUGGGGUGAUUCCUCUGACGGCAUUAAUGACCUUGUUUUAGAUCUUGUAUGAUUUAGAUUUCUUUCGUAAACUUUAUGUUUUAAGAAGCCCCCUAAAAAGAAAUCCAAAACUGUUAAAUCUGGUGAUUCGGGGGAAAAUAAUGGGCAUCUUUCAGGAAAAUACUCUUCUAGCCCAAUACGCUGUGAGCUCGUACGUAGAGGGGAUAUUUAUAAAUUCGUGAGCGCCAGUAGUGACAAGUCUGUAAACGUUUACCGGAAAUUUGACAUAAAUGUCAAAGUGAUUAAUUUAAAAUUAAAAUUAAAAACAUUAAUUAUAAAAAAUAUUAGUUGAUCAAAGCUGUGGUAUAUAUUUUUACCUUAAAUAUACUUACGUUUUAAAUACUGAAUUUGCGUUUUUUAAUGUUCUGUAAUAUGUAAUUAUAAAUUAAUCUUGGCGCCAUCUACAUGAUAAUUGUGAAAGUAUCCGAAGUAAGAAAUUAAUAUUUCAUCAAUAGAACGUCAAAAUGAUUAGCAAAAUCUUAAAAAAAUCUAUUACAAUUUAAUUACUUUUUAGCGUUGUAAAUAUUAAGCGAUAACAAUUAAAUAAUAAAUUUAAAAAUUACCGGUGAAAGUUGAAUUAGUAACCGCUAGGAGCGACACCAGCGAAGCUCAGAGCGUAUAAGGAUUUUCACAGCCCAAUACCGACAGUUUUGGGAUGAAACAAUUCCAUUUGUCGUGAACGUGGACUCGUCAGAAAAUAGAAUAUUGCAGUGAAAGAAGCGGCCAUUCAUAAGUUUUUCACCAAUGAUUGCAAAAAGUCAAGCAAAACAACUAUUCGACGUAGCCACCACCAACUUCAAAACAUCUCUCCAUCCUAUUUUUGAAUUAUUUAAAAGCGUUUAUUAGCAUGUCUGGGGUGAUUAAUCUGACGGCAUUAAUGACCUUGUUUUAGAUCUUUUUAGUAGUAUGAUUUAGACUUCUUUCGUAAACUUUAUGUUUUAAGAAGCCCCCUAAAAAGAAAUCCAAAACUGUUAAAUCUGGUGAUUCGGGCGGAAAAUAAUGGGCAUCUUUCAGGAAAAUACUCUUCUAGCCCAAUAAGGAUUUUCACAGCCAAAUACAGACAGUUUUGGGAUGAAACAAUUCCAUUUGCCGUGAACGUGGACUCAUCAGAGAAUAGAAUAUUGCAGUGAAAGAAGCGGUCAUUCAUAAGUUUUUCACCAAUGAUUGCACAAAAGUCAAGCCUCGUGUUAUAAUCACAAUAUUAUAAGGUGUGAAUAAAUUUUGGUUUGAAGAAAUGAAUGUUGCUUUGCUUGAAUAUUUUCUGUAAGUGACUUUUGCUAAAGCCAACUUCCGCUGCUCUGUUUCGUAAACUUAACUUUGGAUUUUCCCUUGCUGACUGCAUAGCUAGGGCAGUAGCUGCAUCAUCGUCCUCAAUUAUACGCCGGUUUCGAUCUUUUUCUGUUUUCAACAGAUCAUGUCUCAUUGAAUUUAUUUACCAGUUUCUUCAAUCCAUUCCGCGUAAACAACAGGGUAAAGUAAUAUUUGAAGUAGAGGACAAACUUAAAAAAUGGGAAAAUUACGUUACGAACCUAUUCGAAGACGAUAGGAGUAGUUCACCACCCGAUAUUACUAACUGUGACGGUCCCCUAAUAACACGCUCUGAGGUAAUAAAAGCCAUAAAAUCAUCAAAAGAUGGUAAAGCGACUGGUCCUGAUGAAAUUCCAACUGAAAUAUACAAGCUUAUAAAUGAUAGCAAUGUUUUAGAGGCUAUAACCUCGUUUUUCAAUACCAUUUAUACCAGCGGACAACUUCCUAAUGGCUGGUCUAAUUCACUGUUUAUAGCUCUACCCAAGAAGACAACAGUAAAAACCUGUGCUGAUUAUAGAACGAUCAGUUUGUUAAACCAUUUAUUGAAAAUUUUUCUGAAGGUAAUACGUGGUCGUAUCUACAAUAAAUGCGAGGAAUACCUGGAUGACACACAGUUUGGUUUCCGUAACGGGUUUGGAACGAGAGAGGCAUUGUUUGGAAUAAACGUACUUGCUCAAAGAUGUCGAGAUAUAUCUGUAGACAUAUAGUGUUUUAUUGACUUCCAAAAGGCAUUUGAUCGUGUUAAGCACUCUAUAUUGAUAGAAGCUCUAAAAGACAUAGGCUUGGACGGCAGAGAUGUUCGAGUAAUUGCAAAUUUAUAUUGGAAUCAAACAACAUCAGUUUUAGUAGAUGGUGUGGAAUCACAGGCUCUUAAUAUUAAAAGAGGAGUACGGCAGGGAUGCCUCUUGUCACCACUGCUUUUCAACGUUUACUCCGAAAGAAUUUUCAGAAAAACUCUUUCUGAAAAACAAGAAGGAAUACUUGUGAACGGUGAAGUCAUCAAUAAUUUGCGAUAUGCGGACGAUACAGUACUCCUAGCUUCUAGUCAAGAAGAUCUGCAAACACUACUUGAUAGUGUCGUUGAGAGUUGUAGGGAGGCAGGUCUGGAUCUGAACAUACGGAAAAUCAAAAUACUAGUAAUAAGUAAACAGCAGCAUAGAAAACCGUCUAUACAGUGAUGAGCGUGCUAGUAACCGGCAAAAUAGCGCAAAAGAUGGAAAACAUAUUAAAUUGUGAGAUAAAAAGAAAUAAAACUAGUAGAGUUGUUAUAUUUAGCGAUAUUAACAUAUAAAUUGACAUUAUAUUGAUUGUUUCCCACCUUUAGACGUAUCAGAGGAGUAUGCCAAUUAAAACUGUCACUGUGACAGUGGCAUUUCUCAAAUUCGUCCGAUAUGUCUAAAGGUGGGAAACAAUCAAUAUAAUGUCAAUCUAUAAGUUACUAUCGCUAAAUUUAACACCUCCACUAGGUUCAUCUCUUUUUAUCACACAACUUAAUAUGUUUUCCAUCUUUUGCGUUAUUUUGCCGGUUAUUAGUGCGCUCAUCACUGUAUAUGUAAAUAAUACCAAACUUGAGCAAGUUGAUAAAAUCGUUUACCUUGGAGAGCAACUAAAUUGUAACGCAGAAAGUCACGGCGAAAUUAGAUCUAGGAUAGAGCAGGCUAGAGCCGCUUUUAGAAGGAUGUCCAAGGUGUUAUGUAACAGAGACCUAAAAUUGGCAUUGAGGAUCCGCCUACUUCGCUGCUACGUGUUCUCGGUCUUACUUUAUGGUGUCGAGUCCUGGACUGUGAAUAAAAUCGAUCUAAAUCGCCUUGAGGCUUUCGAAAUGUGGUGCUAUAGAAGAAUUUUAAAAGUUUCCUGGGUGGAGAAGGUUCGAAACUCCACAAUACGUACUAGAACGUCUCAGCAAGACUACUGAGAUCAUAAAAAGCAUCAAGCAGAGAAAGCUGGACUACUUGGAAUAUGUAAUGAGAGGUCCCAAAUAUAGGUUGCUACAAGAUAUUAUGCAAGGAAAAAUAGCAAGCAAACGCAGUCCAGGAAGAAGAACCUCAUGGUUGAAGAACUUGCGAGAUUGGUAUGGUGUUGAUACAAGCAUGAUAUUUAGGGUGGCAGUGAAUAAAAUUAAGAUAGCUAUGAUGGUAACCAACGUUCUGAAAAGACAUGAUACAUGAAGAAGAAGAUUCCGCGUAACGAGUACAUCUGGAUAUUUUUCAUUAAACAUGUCAAUCGCAUGUCGGUACGAAACAGCUCCAAUUCCAUAACACUUUACAAGAAAAAUCUUUGUUGGAUGCUUAACAUUGUCUUAUCGAAAAACAAAUUAUUCGAUUCGCAAAUUAUUUACUGCAUACAUAGUUAGUGAAAUAAUUAUCAUAUUAAUUAACUGAAUUAAUAAUGCAAUUAUACAAGUAACAGUUAUCCAAGAACAUUCAAAAGCCAUCUCUAUAAAGUUAAUGAUGACAUAGUCAAGUAAAGUUUAAAUCUCCAUACCAGUGAGAAUUUUACUACACGUAAUUUGCCGUGUAAAGACAGAAAGAGUAGGGAUAGCCGUAAAAUAUUUGCGAUUCGACUCUUAAUAUGUCUUCCGAGUAUAUAUUAAAUAAUAUUGGUUAAAUUAUACAUUAUUGUCGAACACCUCUUUGUAUUUCUAUUUCUUCUGAUGUUAUGUUUUCUAUUCUCACUACUGCUUUUUGGCCAUAGUGUAAGUUUGAAAUUAUUCUUAUAUCUCUGAGGUCUAACCUUAAUUUUUCUAAUGCUUCAAUCAGUUGAUCAUGUCUAAACCUAUCAAAAGCCUUAUGAUAGUCUAUAAAACACACGUACAGUUCUUGAUUCAUAUCUAGACAUCAUUGCGACAGAACGUUAAGUGCCUCCCUUGUUCCUGGGCCUUUACGAAAUCCAAAUUGUGAAUCGUUGAUGUCUAUAUCUAUGUAGUUUCUUGCAUAUUCUAUUAUGAAUGGUAAGAAUACAAUCUUUAAGGAUUUUUUGUGCCAAACAAUAUUAUGAAAAGAUCUCACAGGGGUAAUUAUUAAACAGUGCAAAAUCCAUUAUCAUUGAUAAUAAAUACUAGGGCAUGCUUUUGUUGGUUUUUGAAAAGUCUCCAAAAAUGUAACAAUUAUUUUUUCUAUUGUUCUAAAGCUAUUUUCGUGUGGUAUUUUAAUAUUUUUACUGUUUUUAAUGGGAAUUAAUUAUAAUUAUGUUUAAAAUAUGUUUAUUUUGACGUUACGCAGUUAAAAUGGACAUUCAAAUAAACUAACGUUCAACAAUUCUUUGAGUAGAUGGCAGCACGCACAUCAUAUUCUAAUAUUUUAAUUAACACCUGAACGACGGUGUUGAUGCCAAGUACUGGAACUUACGAUCGGUACAGUUCGUUCUCAAUCAUACUUAUUGUUUGAAAUCGCUUGUUUGAACUACAAGUACCUACCUAAUGAUAAAAAAAGGGAUAAUACUAAUUCAAAUUGUGAAUCAAGAUCGAGUUACUAUUUAUAAGAACAGUAUUUCUAAGAAAUCUAAAAUAUUAGUCGGUUAAAAAUAGCGUCACCACAAUAACAAUUUUUUAUCAUAUCGAAUGUCAACAGGGGAAGUUUUUUCCUCGGAAAAUUUCACAUUUUGAUCUAGGAGAUAUACAAAAGACAAAAUAUUGAAUACACUGGUUUUAUUUUACUAAUUACAUGCUCUGAAUGCAAUUUAUAAACAACUUAUUAUGAAACAAAGUGAAUGUGUUAAAUUUUAUUGCCAUUAUAUGGCCAAAACACACUCGGAAGCAAAGUGUAUUAAAUUCAAGCUUCCAUCAAUUGUUAUAUUCUAUUUUUAAAGUCUUGCUUUAUUCUGAGAUGAAACACAUUUUUUAUUCGUAUCUGUUUUAUUAUUAUAUUGCCAGUUGCUGCAAAACUACUUUUCAUUUAUUGAGGCAUUCUUAUAAAAUGCAAAUUUAAAAUAUCCUUAAACAAUUUUUGAAGAAUUAUAAUAAAAUACACUUAUUAUCGUGACAUUAAUUGAUUAAUUUUCUAGUUUUGGUUUAUCAUUUACUGUCUAAUUGAGGGAUUUAACUAGACAGUUUUAUUUAUCGAAUGAUUUUUAUGAUAAUUUUUAUAAUAUUGAAUUUACACUAUCUAUGUUAGGUAUGCAAGUACCUAAGAUCUAAAGUAUACUCGCAUGUGGUUAAAUUGUAAUCAUAACUUUAUUAGUCAUAAUUUUAUUAUUAUACAUGUUUCUAGUUUUUGGGCUGUAUUCUUUGGUUCGUUGUCUUGAUAAAAAUGAUUUUUUUUAUUGAAUUAGUAUUCUCGUAUAUCUUCACUCUGGAGUUACUCAUUUAACAAAUAAAUAUUCCGGUACCAAUUGCAUCUUAUCUGUAACCCUGUUUCAGGUAACGAGUGUCGAUGCACUCUAGCCCAGGGAGACGACUCGUUAGACAUUUUGUUUUCGCCCAUCGUGUGUAACAUUAAAAUGAAAUAUCAUAUGAGAGCUCUUAUAAUCCAAAGAUAGUAUUAAAGAUGAACAACUUAACUUCCGGUUCCAGAGUUGCAACCGGGAGUAUUGUUUUAAAGUCGCCGAAAUAGUACAAGCGAUAUAUUAUUCGACGCGCUUUACCAAGACGAGAACAAAUGGAUACUUCCGGUUUCAUACCGGUUAAAAAGUUAUGACCUGAAGUUUGGCAAAAAUUACUCAAAAUUAGUGAAAUUGUUUAUCAAUCAACGAAAAGUUACAUGAAGAGUUCAAACAUCGACUACCGAUCACGUUGGGUGGACAAAUUGCUUGUUAGAAAUAAAAAUGCCGUUUUUGCAGUUACGGCCGCCCCAAUCUUGUACUGGGUGUUCUGCUAUUCCGUGCAGAGACAAAUCCAACAAAUUAAAAAUCAUAAAAAUCUGUUCAGAAAUCCAUCGUUCUUGAGUUAUAAAUGGUGUAACUAAUACGAUUUAUAUACAAGGUGUUUCAUUCAUAAUUGGAAAUAGUUUACCCUUAGAUUCUUGGACUCAAAAUAUUGAGAUUUAACCCAUCCCAACGGAUAUGUCAAAUAGUUUUAAAGUAUUAUUUUUUUUUAAUAAUUUAUUCUUUAUUUAAAACUUUAAGAACUAUUUGUACCCGGUACUUUAGAACUAUUAGACAUAUCCAUAUCUGGCAGAAAGUGUAGGUACUGUACAUCGUACUAAAUUAUGUUAAAUCAUCGUUUCUGGCUGCUACCAGAGGCGUACGACACGAGAUAGUGAAUGGUUGACCCUUACCAAAUUCUACGCUACCGAAGGAACUGUUAUUUCACCAUAAUUUUUAGAUUCUCCAAUACGUUCUAAAUAAACGAUCUUUACCUUUCAUUCGUAACGAUAAAUUAAUCAUUAGUUUUAGAGAUAUUUGAAGUUAAAAACGAAGGGGCAUAAUACAUUAAUCAAAAUAACUGUGCCGUUUCAUUUUUAACUUCAGAUAUCUAGAAAACUAAUGACUUCAUCGUUACGAAUUAAGAGUAUAUUAUUUUCAUACAAAGUAUUGAAGUCAUACGGGGAAUGACUUUCCCCGUCGUACGCCUCUGGUAGUAGACAAAAACAUUUGUUUAACAUAAUGUAGUAGGGUGUAUAGUACCUACACUUGCUGCCGAGUAUGACCAGGAUAUGUUAAACGGUUUUAAAAGUACUGGGUACAAAUAGUUCUUUACAGUUACAAGUCACAUUUUAUUUACGUGAUUUGGGUUAAAUCUUAAUAUUUUGAGCCCAAGAAUCUACAGUUAAAAUAUUUCCAAUUAUUAAUGAAACACCCUGUAUAACAGAGAUAUUUCGCUAUUUCUGUAGUGGCAAUUUUCUGUAUAUACUUGUUUAUGAUAUCCACUUCCAGUGCCUUUUUGAUUUUUCAGUAUACUUAAGUGGCAACAAUAGCGAUCAACAGGUAGCAACAAACGCGGUCCAAGAUUGCGGCUGUAAUUUUGAAUAUUUUGUCGAGAUAUUUGGCACACAUAUUCGUAAUAUAAUGAAGAAUGGCGGUACAGAGCCCAAUUUGAGAAAUAUGUGGAAAUUACUCAAGAAGUAUGUGGAAAUUACUCUAUAACUAAAUAAAAUAUUGCAAAAAGGAGCCUGUACCGCCAUUAAGAAGAAAAAAAAAUAAACUUUCUUCAAAUAAACUUUUUUAACCCAUGCCUAGAUUUUGUGUCAUAUUGGACCUAAUAAAAUUUUUUAUCUCUAACAAGAAAUCGAACAUAUUAUAACUAAAUAACUGAUUAGUCAACAUAGAGAAAGUGUCAUUGUCAUUUUGACAAACCUGCGUCAGAUUUCUGUUCUGUUAUCGGCUUAGGGAUUACGAACACUCGAUACGAAUCGUAUCCGCCAUGUUUUACCGUAGCGCAGUAGAGUGUUCGUAAUCCCUGUGCAGAUAACAGAACAGAAAUCGGACGCAGGUUUGUCAAAAUGACAGUGACACUUUUUCUAUGUUGACUAAUCAGUUAUUUAGUUAUAAUAUGUUCGAUUUCUCGUUAGAGAUAAAAAUUUUUACUAGGUCCAGUAUGACACAAAAUCUAGGCAUGGAAUAAAAAAGUUUAUUUGGAAAGUUUUUUUUUCUUCUUAAUGGCGGUACAGGCUCCUUUUUGCAAUAUUUUAUUUAGUUAUAGAGUAAUUACCACAUACUAACAUAUUUCUCAAAUUGGGGUCUGUACCGCCAUUCUUCAUCAUAUUACGAAUAUGUGUGCCAAAUAUCUCGAUAAAAUAUUCAAAAUUACAGCCGCAAUCUUGGACCGCGUUUGUUGCUACCUGUUGAUCGCUACUGUAUGCUCUUAAAGUUAUCAUUAGUUAAUUUAAUCAUAUAGUUAACUUUUAGAGUAUCGAAUAUACUAAUCUCAAUUUGGCUUUAAAAUGAAUAUGAAGUUAAAAUCCCUCAAAUCUCUCAUAGACUAGGGCAUUUAGCACUACAAACACCGGAAUAAAUCUAUUUUUAAAUACAGCACCUAGAGACUUGCAACUUUUUGCAUUAUGUUCAGGAUGAUGUAAGAAAAAAGUCUACCUAUAUAGAAAAAUGGUUGAAAUGUAUAAUUGCAUUUGAAAGUGCAUAAAAUGCAUCCAAUAGUGCAUAAACAUGUCAAAAUAAGCAUAUUGAGGGUCAGAUUUUGUUACUCGUUGCCACUGUCACUGUUAAUGCACGUCAUCUAGAGGUUCGAAGGAUAUCGGCACUAAAUUGAUGCAAAGAGCUUACUUUGAGGUUUUAUAAGUCGCUAAACACGAAUACGUCAUCGGAACCCACCCCCGGAGCGCCUGGUGCCCAGUGUAAUUGCUAAGGCACGCCAUCUUUUAAAAUGUUGAGGGUUAUCAGCUUUAAAUUGAUGCAAAUAGAUUACUCGGGCGGUUUUUGGGGUUGCUGAAAACGAAUACGCCAUUAGAACCGACACCCGGAGCACCUGAUGUCUAGGAUCACGUCAUCUUCUGGAGUUUCGAGGGAUUUCGGAACUAAAUUGAUGCAAACAGAUUACACAGCGGGUUGUGUUUACUGAACACUAAUACGCCAGCAGAAAUGACCCCACGCAGCACCUGGUGCCAACGGUCACUGCUAAGGCGUCAUCAUCUGGAGUUUCGAAGGUUUUCGAACUUGAAUGCAUGUAAAUAGAUUACUAGGCAGUUUUUGAGAUCGAUUAAUACAAAUACGACAUCAGAACCUGCUCCCGGACUACCUGGUGCCCAAGGUCACUGCUAAGACAUGUUAUCUUCUGGAGUUUGGGAGAUUUUUGAUCACCAGGUGCACUGGGGGGUCGGUUUUGAUGGCGUAUUCUUGUUCAGUGAACCCAGAAACCCCAGAAUAAUUUGUUUGCAUCAAUUUAGUGCCGAAAACUCUCUAAACUUCAGAUGACGUACCUUAGCAGUGAACCUGGGCACCAGGUGCUCCGAUGGUCGGUUCUGAUGGCGUAUUCCUCUUCAGCGACCACAAAACCCCAGAGUAACAAAAUCUGGCACCUAUUUUGACAUGUUUAUGAACUUUUGGAUGCAUUUUAUGCACUUUAAAAUACAACAGGAGUUUCCACAUAUUUUUCUGUAGUAACUUUUUUCUUGACAUCAUCCUGAACCCAAUGCAAAAAGUUGCAGGUCUCUAGGUGCUGUAUUUAAAAAUCGAUUUAUUUUGUGCUAAAUGCCCUGGUCUAUUAAGUUCUUAGGUACAUUUAUUUGUAAAUAUAUAUUUAGUUUUUUGCAAUUAAUCACAGUACAGUAAGUGGUCUUGUACCUACCAAAGUUAUAUAUUGAUUUUAUGUGAUUCACAUAUUUAACGUUUUAAUGUAUAUAUACAAUGUUAGUAACGAUAAAUCGUCAAAAAUCGUUUUUGUCAUUUAGUUUCGUUCGUGCAAUUUUAAAAGAGCAGCACUUUUUUGUAUAAAAGUAUUACUAGAGGGUAGAAAAUAUAUUUUCGGUUUAAUUUGUAUAAAUUUAUAGUACAAUAAAUUUUUUUAAUAAA